AUGGCGCGACUCUUCCGAUCCAAAUCUUGCGGCCUCGUUGGACUCAGCGAGUUCAACCCUGCUCCUCCGCGUCCGUAUUUCGACGGCGGUAAAGAAGGUGAAGGGGAACGAGAUGAAUCUGAAGAAGAAGAAGAAGAAUAUGAGGAUGGACGUGACGAUAUGAACAGUGAGAAUCCGAUUUCGACGCCGUUUAUUAGUCCGAGAUCGAGAUUUAGAGGAAAACAGGGAGGGAGAGAUAAUGGCGGUGGGAAUCAAUCCGCCGUUCUUGAUAUUCUGGUCGCGGUUUUGAGGAAGUCGCUGAUCACGUGCAGUGUGGAGAGGGACGACGUUUCUUCCAUGGACAUUAGCUACCCGACGGAGGUCAGGCACGUGUCGCAUGUGACCUUCGACCGGUUUAAUGGAUUUCUCGGUUUGCCUACUGAGCUCCAGCCUGAAGUCCCCAGGAGAGUUCCCAGCGCCAGUGCAAGUGUGUUUGGAGUUUCUGCCAGUUCAAUGCAGUGUUCUUUUGAUAACAGAGGAAACAGUGUACCAACAAUUCUUCUGAUGAUGCAAAAACGCCUGUAUUCAGAAGGAGGCCUCAGGGCCGAAGGAAUAUUCCGGAUAACUGCUGAGAAUAGCCAUGAAGUAUACGUAAGAGACCAGCUAAACAAAGGUGUGGUACCACGUGGGAUUGACGUCCAUUGUUUGGCAGGUUUAAUAAAGGCAUGGCUCAGAGAACUUCCAAAAGGGGUACUUGAUUCUCUCACACCAGAACAGGUGAUGCACUGCAACACGGAAGAUGAUUGUACUCAACUGAUGAAGUUACUUCCUCAAAUGGAAGCAGCAUUGCUUGACUGGGCAAUCAAUUUGAUGGCAGAUGUUGUGGAGUACGAACAGCACAAUAAGAUGAACGCACGCAAUAUUGCUAUGGUCUUCGCCCCCAACAUGACUCAGAUGGCUGAUCCUUUGACGGCAUUGAUUCAUGCCGUGCAAGUUAUGAACUUCCUCAAGACUUUGAUCUUGAAGACCCUCGGGGAAAGAGAGGAGCCCGCUGCCAAUGAUAGGUUGCUCUCAUCGUGCUCACUUUCUGUAAAUGACAAGAGUGAACCUCGCCCAUCGAACUUGAAGAAAGAAAAAUCCUAUGAACAAACUCCAAAACCCUGUUCCCCUGCAGGACCAGCCAUUGGUAAGUUCUUGAGGACUUCCACUUUGGAUAGACUGGAAACUGAAAUUGACGAGAAACAUUGGAGCAUGCUGAGCAGGAGUGACGGAGAGGAGGAAUCUGAGUCCAUUUCUGGUAGCAACACACCAUCUAGGUGCAAGAUGGGGGCUUUAGAAAACGAAUGUAGAGGUGAAUAUGAGAGUGGAGACUGGCUAAGUUUAAGGAAAGGAGUCAGGAGGCUGUGCAGGCAUCCUGUAUUUCAUUUUAAUAAGCCAGCUAAGAAGACUAGAAGUAUUGGGGUUAUAAAUACCAGAGGAGAAGGUAGAGAAGCUUGGGCAUGAUGUUAGUUGCUGAGUGGGACUUUCCCUGUUUACUGUCACAUAUUGAGGUCAUGUUUGUUUGUGUAAACACUAUUAGUCUAGUGUUAGUGUGUGGUUAAUUACUUAAUUUUGUAGUUAGAAAAAGAUUGAAAGCUGUGGCACUAACUCAAGCUAAUUGACCAAAUAACUACUGAUAGUUAAACCUUC